AGGGGGAUGUGGAACCCAGCACGGCAACGAAUCACGCAACAAAAGGAAGUGGGGCUCGACGCACUAAAUAUUUUUGUGUUGUAAAACGUGUAAAAAUUAACAAAAAUACGAGCUUGUUGUAAUUUAUUUGGAUCAUAAGAAGAAUUUAAACCAUGUCGACCAACAUGAAGUUAUAAAGCGAAAAGUUUGUUCUGAAUCCUAAGUUGUCGAGCUCUUCCCGGGUCCCUUUGGGGCCCAGGAAGAGGAUGCAUCGAGGUGGGGAUAAGGACUUCCAGAUAUCGGCACGGAAGAUGGGCACAUCCCUGCUUUUCCAGCUGUCGGCUCAUGAAAGAGAGCUGGAUUUGGUAUUUCUGGACCACAGCUAUGCCAAGCCGUGGAAUGCCCAUCCAGAUGCCAGCAGCGCCCGGCCCACAAGGACGCUGUUUGUUACCCCUCGUCGCCAGCCUGAGGCCUUGUCAGACCCUGAUUCAGCUCUGGAUGUGGAGACCGUGACACCGACGCCUGUUCCUCUGUAUGAUAAUCAGAAAGCUCUCAGUGUGAUGAAGGAGUGUGAGCGGCAUGUUCUGUUUGCUCGCACCGUCGCUGAGAGCCCUCCACCCCCCGAUGACUGGGAAGAACAUGUAAACAAGACUGGAUGGUCAGUGGUGCAGAACAAGCUGUUCAACAAAGUCCUUAAAGCUUUACAAGCUGAAAGACUUGCCCGUCUGGCCAAUGAAAAUGCUUCCAAUGAGCCAAUCUUGCGGAGGAUAGCCGUGGACAACUGUGCCAGGAAGGUGCGACAUGCAUUAGCCAGUGUGAACUGGGACACCAAAUUGACGCAGUGGUUACACACUACCAUGAUUGAAUCCUUGAGCCUGGCGAUGCUAGCUGCCUACCUGGAUGUGCUGCAGACUCUCAAAAGCAAGUUGCCGUUGCUGAUUGACAGAAUGUUACUUACAACUACAAAGACCGGCGCUCCGAGUGCCGAGGCCCUGUCGCUGCUGCUGAAACGACCCUGGGACCCGGCUGUUGGAGUCCUGUCUCAAAACAAACCGAGCAAGCUUCAUGGAUCCCCUCUCAUCCUAAUUGCACCAUCAAGCCCAACCAAUCCCGCCCUCUCUACCUCGCGGCGGAUGAGAUUCUGGCAGUCUCAGCUGUCGUGUUUGGGAAAGGUCAUUCCAGUGCACAGUCACGUUAGCAGUGGAGCCAAUAUCGGUAUCACACAGUGUCUGGAGCACAUGUUGGGCACCGUCAGGGCAAAGGUCAUGGAGGUUCACAGUCACUUCCCCCACAAACCCAUCAUCCUGGUUGGCUGGAACACUGGUGCUCUCAUCGCCUGUCACGUUUCCCUCAUGGAGUAUCUGACUGGUGUGGUGUGUCUCGGCUUCCCCCUGCUGACAGUCAACGGGCCAAGAGGGGAUGUGGAUGACCCUCUGCUGGACAUGAAGACCCCCGUGUUGUUUGUGCUGGGCCAGAACGCCCUGCAGAGUAGCAUCGAAGGCAUGGAGGAGUUCAGAGAGAAGCUGAGGGCGGACAACAGCAUGGUGGUGGUGGGAGGAUCCGACGACAACCUCAGGAUUAAUUCAGCAAAGAUGAAAACAGAAGGACUGACGCAGACGAUGGUUGACCGCUGCAUUCAGGAUGAGAUCUCGGACUUCCUGUCAGGCGUGCUCACUCGGGCAGAGGGUCACGGCCACGGCUCCGGGGAGAUGAGGGACCUGGACACAGAAAAGAAGAAGAGGCCUCGGCGGGAGCUUCCCUUUGACUUGGAGAGAGGACGACCUUCCUCUCCUGCACUCAGACUUCCCAUCUCACCGUCUGGUUCCGAGGAUCUGUCGAGUGUCUGCAGCAGCCCCACUUCCAGUCCCAAACCCAAAACGUCGGGUCUUUCUCCAGCACAGAAGUCCAGUCUGAUCACAGCCACGCAGCUCCUGAAGACACACAUGCAGCGCUCAGGCACAGUGCUCACUCACAAGCAGGCUCAAGCUCAGUUUGCUGCUUUUAUGAAACAAAACAUGCUUGUGAGGAAAAAUCUUCCUCCUGGCACUCCUCCUUGUAUUUUUGUGCCGGUGAGCAGUGAUCAGAUGGAGGGCCUGGACAGAGAUGAACUGAGGUCCCUUGGCAAGAGGAGGCAGGCACCGAGUCCCACACCAAGCAAAGCCUCCAAGAGAGCCAAGAUCAAGGUCACCAUUGUUUCCCAAAGCGAGUCAGCUGGGGGCACCAUCAGCCCUGCUGCACAGGAAGGGGGUAUCUCCGGGAAGCCCCUAACGGUGACAUUGGGACAGACCGUGGCUGGAGCCAAGGAGCUCUCAGGACUCCUCACAGGCCAGCGGUCUGGUAGUCUCUCAGAGGUUUCUGGUGCCCUGUCGUCAGGCUCCAUCUCAUUCAACAGCGUGCAGCCUUGCAUGGUAUCAGGCUCCUCCACACCCGUCCAGGUGCAAGCUCCGGCUACUGCCCAAGGGUCUUCCGCCAGCAGUCUGCUACAAGGCCUAAGUUACAGUCUGCAGGAGAUCGUCACCAAAGCGCCUAGCUUGCCCUCCACAGCAGCCAGUACAGGCAGCACACAGGCGGUCUGUGGUAAGCCCCAGGCUCAGGUCCUGAGCUCGGCUGGAACCAGCAGCAGCACUCUGCUCCGGGCGGUGCCUGUGGUCACCUCAGGAGGAGUGUCUAAAACCACCGCCAUCCACCAGCUGCUCACUAACGGCGGGCUGGCCAAAAUAGCCAGCAGCUUGCCCGGCUUGGCGCACAUCACCAAUCAGACCGCCGGUAUGUCUAGAACUGCCAAAACACGACGGCCACGUUGAAGGCUCAGAGUUCAUUCAUCCUUUGCUUUGGAAACACUAGUUCAGCAUGGCUGUAGGCCAGGGAGGAGUGGCGCAGUAGGCGACCUCAGAGGACAGCUCUGUCACCGUGUGUGUAGAUGGUUUGCCUGGAAGAACGGUAUGACAUGUUUUAUUUUCAUGUUCAGAAAGAGCCGUAACGGAAAUGUGAGACGCAUAAUGUUUAUGUAGAAGUGGAUGCUUGUGUAAAAUAAAUAUUAAUGAAUGAAAUCCUUUGAUACUGAAGAAUUGUGAAGGUAAAACCAGUGUGGGUAUGAUUGACCAACUUUGAAAUGAUACCCAAAAGUAAAAUCCAGAUCGCUCCGUUUGUCACAUUUGUUUGUUAGAGCCGCAUUUCAUGUUUUUGUUGUUCAUGUUGUAACAUUUUGUAAACCCUAACAUUAAAUCACCUGCUUAUUAAGUCCAUGUGUGUGAAUGCUGUCCUCUUACAGAGACGUGUUGGAGAGGCAGUAACAUCACACAUGGCAUCACCCAAGCUCUGUUCAUGUUGUUACAAUAAAGACUGGAAUCAAACUCA